AUGCCGCACAUCUUGGUUCUGUGCACAGUGGUUUCGCUCUUCUACUUGCCAGAAAUAGACAGCCUUAGAGCAGGAGCAAGUUGGGCACGUGGUUUAAAAAAGAUUCAGGAUAACAUUCUAAAUCUAGCUCACCCGAUUCGAAUGUUAAGUACAGGUUCAUCACUAACAUCAGUGUAUGUAGGUGGUACUGGUAUCUGGUGGAGAUCUGGUGUAAUUGGCUCGAUUUCCCAAAUGGAGCAAGGAGAGAAAGAAAAAGCAAUGGAAACACUCAACAUCGCUAUCGCAACGCUAGCCGUGUUCGACACAACACAAGCAACAGUAUCCCCUAUCGCGUCUGGACUGAUUGAUCAGUUAGUAAAACACAAGGGAAAAUUCCCUCAAACAAUCAGUGGAUUUAAAGAGUAUAACAAAGUAGUGGCAGAACGAGUGGUCAGCGGUAAUGCAGAUGAUGUUGAUGAUAUCAUUGAUAGUGCAAAAGCAUUAAAGAGAAAAAUAGGAGAAUUUUUUGACAACGAAGUUACUACAUUUAUGAAAAACACCCAAGGAUACGACGAUCUCGUGACAAGUCUCAAAAAUGCAAAACGGUGGGCAAAGGCGUUAAAAUGGGCCGACACGAUAAGUGGGCCUCUCUUUGAUGCCGCUAAUGUUGCUUUUUGUGGCUGGCAAUUGCAUAACGCAAUCAAUGAUGAGGACUCUCCACCCGAGGUGAAGUCUUUGAAUAUUGCAAGUGCAUCACUGGGGGUGGCCAGCGGAGCAGUUGGAGUGACAGCAUUCGUUGUGGGGGCAUUGGCAACGGCUGGUAGCACACUGGCUGCUGUGGCAGGUCCUGUCGGCGCUAUUAUAGGAUGCUUGCUUUCUCUUGCAGCAAUCAUCGUCGACUUGAUUAAUUCUGUGAAUCCUUACGGCACAAUAAAAGAUCAUCUUGAAACAAUACAGAAACUCAAAGAAGGUUCGCUGUUGUAUCUUCAAAACCAAGUAAACAUCACCCAUCAAGUCACUCCCGCAUUCAAGCAAAAUACUGGCUUUGACACCAUUUACGAAAUUAACCAGGGAAAUUUGAUACAAGGGAUGCGUACCGAGUCAGUUCAACAUAUUUCGGGCGUUGAUGAUGAUCCAAAUAUCAUGUUUAAGGCUACAAUCAGUCCAGGUCAAGAGAACGGCUACCUUACAAUGGGAAAGAACCGAAUGUUUGACAAGUCAGAAUAUGGCAAUAUCAUUUUCAGGCCAAAAGGUAUAGUUCCGAUUGGCUAUGACUUCUAUGGGAACAUAACAAAACCCAACGGAAAGGGAAUGACGGUCGUUGCUAACACGGCUAUGGUCGCCGAGCUCUUUUGGAUAAGGGGAGUUAAUAUUGACACUCGAGUAGCAAACGAUGAAGAAGAGAGAAACCCUGAUAAUGUUGUGAUUGGAGAAAUGACAGGCCUUGCGUACUCAGAUCAUUCAAUCAGAGUUGAUACAGGUGCAGGGGACGACUUACUCCAGGUUACAGGAGUACCUUGCAAUUACUAUACUUAUCACCAGAACUGUUUUUGGGGUACACUUGGUACAGGAAUCAAUACAUUAUCAUUUCAAGGGAUGAACACAAAGAGACUUGAGUUUCCAACAGGCCGAACUGGUAGGGCGCCCAAAAUUCUCGUUGGUAUUAAGUACGAUAUUAGAUCCACGGGGAUGGUACCAAGCUCCGAAAUUUACUUGAGAUUGAAGGACUCACCAGUAACAGAAAGGUCACAACUACACGAAUACAGAAUCGGCUACGUAACCGGUGUUAAUGUAUUUCACGGUAUGUAUUAAACUUAAUCAAUGUUUGGCACUGUGAAACAAAUGACGGAAGAGAGAGAUAACUCGAGUGAAAAUUCAAGAGCUAAAAAUAACCCCUCAGAACCCACUCUUCGCCACAAUGCACCAUCGUAAUUACCUACGAUUUCAUAAGUCCAAACCUCGCAGCUUAAUAGGUAAAGCAAUGGUAGAUCUCAUCGCAUAGGGGUAUAAAGCUUUCUCUCUUUGUCUCUUGGUUUCCCUAAUUCCUUUACUAGUGUUGUUGCGGUCAUUGGGCUUUUAAUGCUUAUUUCUAGCACCUGAUUUUGCACUUCACAGCUAAUUCUCUAUUCCAUCAUUAAUAAUGUUCGCUCCGACAAGAUGCUAGCGCUCGAAAGGACAGCUUUUCAAUCUCCUAAGGGAGACAGAUCUACCUUAAAAACUCAGUUGGUACGAUCAAAUUUUUAAUUAGUUUUUAUUAUUUAACAACACUCUUACUUGUCUAAGAUUUCUUCGGCAGAAAUUGUUUUCAUCAACUUCCCUUUGGCUAAAAAUCAUCACCAGAAAGUUUUUAAAAAGAGAAUGUAAAUGAGCAAGAGUGAAACCUCGAUAGUAGGGCCAACUUCAAGUCACUGUCAAAAAUUGUUAGAUUAUAUAACGAGGUUCCAUUAUAUCGAGGUUCUCUUCCUACUGGGGCGAAGAAAAUCGUUCGUUAUAUAGCGAGACGUUUGUUAUAUCGAGGUUCGCAAAACGAACACAAUGAAUGACUGCAAAUUGCUUUAAGAAGGUUGAUCAGAGAAAGAACCGACAAAAAGCAAUGGGCCCCUCCUCAGACUAGAACAUUUUGAUAAGUGAUCAAUCAUCAACAGAAGCUUAUCUAAAACCUGUCUAAAAAGACUACACUUCUUCCGUUCGGGAUCUUCUAUCAGGCAAGAGGGAAACGAUUGGGACCAAGUUGAAAAAGUCUCUCUGUCGCUUGAAGAAAAAAUGACACAUGCGCCAGUUCUCGCUCAUUACUGCUCCAAAAAGCAAACCAUUCCAUCUGCAGACGGCUAUCGUAUGGAUUGGGAGCGGUCAAAGACUAUAGAGAGUUUAAGCAGCGACCCACUUCAACCAGAAGUUCGCCAUUUUUAAAUUUGUAAAUGCCUUGACGCUACCAAAUCUGUAGUACUUAGUGACCUUAAUCUUAUGGAGACGAUUAGCCCAAAAAAUGUGUUCAAAGUCGCGGCUCAAGAGUGCAAAAAGUCCACUUUCGGUCGACGUGCGUUGCUCAAAAACGUGGCUGCUUAAACUCCCUAAAGACACCUUGUGCAGAGUGGAUUCAUCGGUUCAUUUGAUCUACCAUGAUCCGAGUGUUUUCGGAUCACUGAUCCUAAUCCGGAUCGUCCCAAAGGAACGCACCCUUAGUUUGGUGCGGCAAAAGCGUUAAGUAAAACUUUCGUCGAACUUAGCUUGGGCGCAAAACAUGGUGCGCCGUCUGAAUCAGAUGUCGCGCCAGUGUCGCUCCAAAGUCGAACUUAUUCAGUUGAAAUCUAGAAUCCAGUCUUGGAUUCCCUUAGAUGGAGCGAAAUUAUCUUUCACAAUUAAUAACCAUUGAAUACUUCUCCUGGCCUCCUCUCUUCGUUUCGCUUACGAUACUACUAGGGAGGAUGUCUUUAAGUGGUUUUUAUUAACUUGUCAGUACGAAAACGACUUUUCCCUGGCCCAUGGGCUUAAGUAAAAUUUUAAUAUCAAAUAACAUACUUGUGACGGAAAACAUGUAUCAUCCAUCACAUUUUAAUGCAAAGACCAAAACUACUUGAUACUCUAUAUACCAAUAAGCAAAUCUCUUGAAAUGAAAAGUUCAGUUUGCUCUAAUUCAACUUUUCUUUUUACGAUAACUUCACAGUGAGCAGAAAAUCGACUGAUCUCAUCACGUAAAUGCUGAUUUGUUUUUUAUUUUACAGGGUCUCCAAUGGAUGACGAAAUUGCGAUGGGAGAGGACAAGAGUUGUGUAGUGAAAAACGAUGGCGGAAGAAACAAUUAUGUCAUCUAUCUGACCAAUGAGCACGACUUUACUCAUACGAUAAUUGAUGAAUCAGAAACACUCGGUCAAAUUUACCUCGUUAAGAAGACAAAAUAUGGUAACGGAUAUUAUAAGAUUUCCCCUGACGAUAUUGGUUACGAUGAGGAAACGCAAACCAUAGUGAUCUUCAUGAAAGACAAUAAUGGUCUGAGGCAUACGUUCACUGGGAGGAUUAUUAUCAAACGACCCCGAAGGCCAACCACAAGUUAA